AAAAACUUUUUUUUACAAGUGUUUUUUUACUUAUUGUUAAAAUUCUCGUUGAAAAAAAAAAAUUAAUAUGAACAAUUUAAACCUUAAUUCAGAUCCAAAAACUCUUUUCCUUGACAGCAAUAUUAACCAAGACAUAAAAAAAUUAUCUCGUUCAAAGUCUGAAAACUCUCCUAAAUAUCAGAAUAAAAAGGGUGGUCUAAUGCGCCGUAAUUCAAGUAAUGAUAGUAUAUUAGGAAUAAAUUCAUAUUUUGAUAAAGAAAUACCGCCUCCUCCUCCUUAUGAUGUUCAUUCAAAUUCUAGUAAUCCAAAUUCUACCACUAUUACAACAACAACAACUACUACUACUGUAACAACUGUUACAACAACUAUGAUAUCAAACUCUGGUGAUUCCACAUUAAAACAACAACAACAAUCAGAUACGAAUUCAUCAAGUAAUGUUGAACUUCCAAAUAUUACUGUGGUUUCUUAUGAAUCUUCUUGUGAUACAAAUAACAACGAACCGAAAGUUCUUGAAAAUUCAAAUUUCGCGUUGAAUGGUGAUAAUAAACGUAAGCGUUCUGGAUCUGCUCCAAGUGUUCCUAUUAUCUCAUUUAAAGGUCAAGACGAGAAUAAAUAUAAAAGUAAUACUGUACCUUCAACAAAAUCAAUGGUAAAUUUAUUAGAUUCAGGAAGAAAUACUGUAUUAUUAAAUAAAUCUUAUAAAGAGUCUCCACAACAAUAUCUUGAAAAAUUACGAGAUACUUUAUCUAAAUCAGAAUUGGCUACUUUACUCACUAAAAGUAAAGAUGUAUUUCAUGAAACUGUAUUACGAACUUACAUGGAAACUUUUGAUUUCACUAGUGAUCCGAUCGAUAUCGCUUUAAGAAAAUUCCUUAUGGAUUGUCAUUUGCCAAAGGAAACUCAACAAAUUGAUCGUGUUAUGGAAUCUUUUGCAAAGCGAUAUCAUGAUUGUAAUCCGGGUUUAUUCACUUCACCAGACACUACGUAUGUCCUUUCGUUUUCAUUGUUAAUGCUUCACACCGAUGCAUUCAACAAGAGUGUGAAACGUAAAAUGACAAAAGAAGAAUUUGUGAAAAAUUCAAGGAUUGAUGGAGUUCCCCCAGAGAUAUUAGAAAUUCUUUAUGAUAAUAUCACCUUUAUGCGAUUUAUCUAUGCUGAUGAUGAUACGGAUGUAAAUGGUCAAACUAUGCUUUCUUCAUCUUCUAGUAAAAAUCGUAAUUCAAUGAUAUUUGGAUUACUGGAUCGAUCCUCAUGUGUCAAAAAUGAUCCUUACUUCGUCAUCAAACAUAAAGUUCCAACUGAAUACACUCCAUCGAUUGAACAUCUUGUACCAAUUGAAAAUCCUUUUUCACAUAAAGGAACGCUUUCUGAAUUCGAUACAGUUGGUAUUCACCGAGCAUUUACAACGUCUCAUACUAUCCGUAUCACAGGAGUGAGAAAUAAUGAAACGUUUAAUCAAACAUCAUCUUCAAUACAUCCUUUAGAUGAUGAAGAAGGGACAUUUCUUCUUAAAAUCACUAAAGUUGGAAAAUUAAGUCGUAAAGUUGAUUUAUUGGAAGGAAAAAAAGCUGGAGUUAUGAUGAGAAGUUGGAAUCAUUAUGGUGUUAUUUUAAGUGGAAGUCAAUUAAUGUUAUUCAAAGAUGAUGAUUGGUUCGACUCUAAAAUUGCCGAUUUGAAAGAUCCAUCGAAAUCAACAACAUUGUCUACAUUAAAACCGGAUGUACUCUUAAUGACCUCAGAAUCAGUUGCUUUAUAUGAUAAUAGCUAUACGAAAUAUAAGUAUGUAUUUCGUCUAACAUGUCCAAAAGGUAAUCAAUAUCUUUUCCAAGCUGAAAAUGAGGAUGAAAUGAACGAUUGGAUUACAAAGAUAAAUUAUGCAGCCACAUUUAAGACGGUUGGAUUAAAAAUGAGACACACUAGAAGCAGUAGUUUAAAUCGUAUUAAGAGUUUAAGCGUCAGUAAUGUCAACAUUAUCAGUAAUGUCAGUAAUGGAACUAAAGUUCACAAAGAAAAGAAAAAUACUUGUCCACAACCAUACUUUAAUUAUCAACAAAACCGUAAUGAUGGUGGUAAUAUAAAUGAUGUCCAUCGCAGAUCAGAAGUUCUAAAAUUAAAGAUCGCAGAACUUGAUGGAAAAAUUGCAACAUUGAAAUCACAAUUAGAUGCAGAUAUUCGAUUUAGGAAUAAUUUAACAAUAAUGAUUCCAUAUAAAGCGACAACAAAGGAUAAAAUGAUUCAAGUAGCAACAGAUUUAGGAAAAAGAUUAAGACAAACAUUUUUGGAGUUAAGUAGAUUAAGUUGUUAUCAUGAGAUUAUGGAAAAAGAUUUAUAUUCAACAAUAAUUGGAGAUAAUUGUUAUUGGCAAAAAAGAAAAAGCAUGCAUAGAAAUCAUAAACAUCUUUCCCACUUUUUUACAACUAAAAAAAACAAUCAUCUUAAUUCAAAAUAUAAUACAUCAGACGGAUAUAAGAGUGAUGGAGAAGUUAGCAUUAAGGAUAGACCAGCUACUUUUAAUAUUUUUUCAUCAUCCGAAUUUUAAUUAGUUUCUUAUUUAUUAACAUAAAAAUUUCAUUGAAAGAUCAUAUUUUUUUCUGUAUAUAAUAUAAAGUUAGACGUUUAUGUACAUUAUUUAACAUAAUAAAAUGUAAC